AAAAAUCUCUUUCCGUGUCUCUCUCUAGAAACCGUUUAUUUUCUCUCUCUUUAUCGAUCCAUCUCUGUUCUAUUUGCAGUGAUUGAUCGAAGAUAUUGCUUCGUCACAUUUUCAUAAACAAAAUCACAAAAAUCAAAAUCAAGUUCGUUCACUCUCUCUCUCUCUGUGGAUCCAUUUCUGUUCUGUUGUAUAUACUGACUCAUAUAUGUAUUGAUUGAUUGAAGAUACAGCUUCGUGAUCGGAAUCAAUGGCUUCCGAGCAGUUGAUAUCUUUCUCUCUCUUGAAACCGUUUUUUUUCUCUCUCUAUAUGGAUCGAUUUGUGUUGUGUUGUGUUGUGUAUACUGACACUGCUAGCAUCGUGAUCGGAAUCAAUGGCGUCCGAGCAGUUGAUGUCCGGUGGUGGACCUCGCUACUUUCAAAUGCAGUCGGAGCCAUUGCCGUUGGAGUCGUCGACGUCGUCGUUCUUCUUCUCCUCCUUCUCGCAUCAAUGUCUGGAAUCAACUCGAGUUUUCGAUGAGUUGCCCAAGGCCACAAUCGUGUCUGUUUCUAGACCUGACCCUGCCGAUAUCAGCCCCAUGCUUCUCACCUACACCAUUGAAUUCCAGUACAAACAGUUCAAGUGGCAGUUGGUGAAGAAAGCUUCACAAGUAUUUUAUUUGCACUUCGCAUUGAAGAGGCGUGCAUUUAUUGAGGAAAUUCAUGAAAAGCAAGAACAGGUUAGAGAAUGGCUGCAAAACCUAGGAAUAGGUGAUCACACAACAGUUGUGCAAGAUGAUGAUGAACAUGAUGAUGAGACUGUUCCUUCCAAUCACGAUGAAAGCACUAGAGGCAGAGAUGUUCCAUCUAGUGCUGCUCUUCCAAUUAUUCGACCAGCUCUUGGAAGGCAGCACUCCAUAUCAGACAGAGCAAAGGUUGCAAUGCAAGGAUACUUGAAUCACUUCCUCAGCAAAAUCGAUAUUGUGAACUCUCGCAAGGUUUGCAAGUUUUUGGAGGUUUCUAAGUUAUCGUUUUCACCGGAGUGUGGCCCUAAGCUAAAAGAAGACUAUGUAAUGGUGAAGCAUUUACCAAAAAUUCCAAACAAUGAUGAUUAUAGAAGAUGUUGUGCAUGUCCUUGGUUCAGCUGUUGUAAUGACAACUGGCAAAAGGUGUGGGCUGUACUGAAACCUGGAUUCUUCUCCCUUCUAAAAGAUCCUUUCGAUACAAAGCCGUUAGAUGUAAUAGUUUUUGAUGUACUACCAGCCUCAGAUGGGAAUGGAGAGGGCCGAGUGUCAUUAGCAAAAGAAAUAAAGGAACCUAACCCUUUACGCCAUUCAUUUAAAGUGUCUUGUGGGAACUGGAACAUACAGUUGAGAACUAAAAGCAAUGCUAAAGUUAAUGACUGGGUUGCUGCAAUUAAUGAUGCUGGUAUUCGGCCUCCUGAGGGCUGGUGUCAUCCUCACCAUUUUGGUUCUUUUGCUCCUCCACGGGGUUUGACUGAAGAUGGUAGUCAAGCUCAGUGGUUUGUAGAUGGCCUAGCAGCAUUUGGAGCUAUUGCUUUGGCAAUUGAGGAAGCAAAGUCAGAGAUAUUUAUCUGUGGCUGGUGGCUGUGCCCAGAACUGUACCUCCGACGUCCUUUUCAGGCUCAUGCAUCCUCUCGGCUUGAUGCCUUACUGGAAGAAAAAGCCAAGAAAGGUGUUCAGAUUUAUGUACUUCUAUACAAAGAGGUUGCUCUUGCUUGAAAAUCAACCAGUGUCUAUUAGUAAAAAAGCUCUCGGAUUCAUGAGAAUCUCAGAGUACUACGUUAUCCCGACCAUUUCUCUAGUGGUGUCUAUCUAUGGUCCCACCAUGAAAAACGUGUCAUUGUUGAUUACCAGAUUUGUUUUAUUGGGGGACUAGAUCUUUGCUUUGGACGUUAUGACUCAUUUGAACACCAAGUGGGUGAUUACCCUCCCACGGUUUGGCCUGGGAAGGACUACUAUAAUCCAAGCGAAUCUGAACCUAAUUCUUGGGAAGAUACAAUGAAAGAUGAAUUGGAUCGUCAAAAAUAUCCACGUAUGCCAUGGCAUGACGUUCAUUGUGCCCUGUGGGGACCACCCUGUCGUGAUGUUGCCAGGCACUUUGUUCAGCGUUGGAACUAUGCUAAGAGAAAUAGAGCUCCAAAUGAGCAAGCAAUUCCACUGCUCAUGCCUCAGCACCACAUGGUUAUUCCACAUUACAUGGGUGGAAGUGAAGAGAUGGAGGUCCAAACCCAUGUUGGAAAUGAUCAUAAAGACAUCAGAAUGCAGGAUUCUUUUUCCUCUCGGUCAUCUUUCCAAGAUGUCCCUCUGCUAUUGCCUCAAGAGGCUGAUGGGCUGGAUACUCUUACUGGAGACCCAAAAUUAAAUGGCUUGGCUAGGACUUGGGAUUUCCGUGAUCAGCCAAGUAGGGGUAACAGGAGUCCUUUCUCUUUCCGUAAGCCCCAAAUUGAUCCUUCAACAUCAAAUCUGCCAAUGAAAGGCUUUGUGGAUGACCUUGGUACUUCAGAUUAUCAGCAUGAGUUGCCUUCAGAUGCCAUGAUGCUGCCUGGCAUUAGAUCUUCAGAUAAAGAAUGGUGGGAGACACAGGAACGAAGUGAUCAAGUUGUUUCCGCUGAUGAAACUGGGCAAGUUGGUCCUCGUAUUUCAUGUCAUUGUCAGAUUAUACGGAGUGUCAGCCAAUGGACCGCUGGAACAAACCAAAUUGAAGAGAGUAUUCAUAAUGCUUAUUGCUCUCUAAUUGAAAAGGCAGAACACUUCAUCUAUAUUGAGAACCAAUUCUUCAUCUCAGGUCUUUUGGGAGAUGAGGUUAUACGGAACGGCAUACUAGAAUCAUUAUAUAGGCGUAUUAUGCGAGCAUACAAUGAGAAGAAGUGCUUCAGGGCUUUUAUUAUCAUACCGCUUCUACCUGGCUUCCAGGGGGGCGUGGAUGAUGGUGGUGCAGCAGCUGUGAGAACCAUUAUGCAUUGGCAAUAUCGAACAAUUUGCAGAGGACACAAUUCAAUAUUGCAUAAUCUUUAUGAUCUUCUUGGUUCUAGGAUGCAUGAUUACAUAUCGUUCUAUGGCUUAAGAGCUUAUGGCAGACUUUUUGACGGUGGUCCCGUGGCAACCAGUCAGAUAUAUGUGCAUAGCAAAAUCAUGAUAAUUGAUGACUGUAUAUCCUUGAUAGGAUCAGCUAAUAUAAAUGACAGGAGUUUACUUGGAUCAAGAGAUUCUGAGAUUGGUGUACUUGUUGAAGACAAAGAAUUUGUUGAUUCAUGUAUGGGAGGAAAGCCUUGGAAGGCAGGAAAAUUUUCUUCAAGUCUUCGCCUUACGCUAUGGUCUGAACACCUUGGUCUUCCAGCUGGGGAGAUUAGUCAAAUAAAUGACCCGGUGGUUGAUUCAACUUACAAAGACAUAUGGAUGGCAACGGCAAAGACGAAUACCAUGAUCUACCAAGACGUCUUUUCUUGCAUCCCAAAUGAUCUAAUACAUUCCAGAGUUGCACUGAAACAAUGCACGACAUGCUGGAAGGAAAAACUCGGCCACACUACAAUUGACUUAGGAAUAGCCCCAGAGAAACUAGAAUCAUAUCAAGAUGGUAAUAUCAAAGGCACUGAUCCCUUGGAGAGAUUAGAGUCGGUAAAGGGACAUCUCGUUUCUUUUCCUUUGGAUUUUAUGUCCCGGGAAGAUUUAAGACCUGGGUUUAGCGAAAGCGAGUAUUAUGCAUCUCAAGUAUUUCAUUAGGUAUGAUAUACGAUCGAAUGAAGCCAAAGCCCUGUUGUUGUGUCUAAAUUUGCUGAAACGGAAAGAGAGUAAAAGAGAACAAUUUUUUUUUUUAUAAAUCAUCAUAGAAAUGGUAAAUAUCACGGAAGGCCAUUAAAAAAAUUAUUUUUCGCUGCAAAAGCCCUGUUGAGUGGGGAGCUUGGAGGUGUAUAGAAGGAAAACAACUGGGUAGUGGUUCGAGUGUCAGACAUUCGAGCUGAAAAUGUGGCAUCAGAGAUAAGGUUUCGGUGACAAAUUUGGAUAUUUAAGUGUCCAAUUCGCAGUUAAGUUAUUGUUUUACUUCUAUUUGUUUUUUCCUUCUUUUUAUAUGUUCAUGUAAUUUGAUUAAUCAUCAUUGUAUAAAACUCAUUAAUUCAGUAUUUUUAUUAUAUGUUAUAUUUUUGAUAUAUGCUUUA